UUCUAGAACCAGUUUUCAGCAAACAAACUCGUUGUGUUUUUUGUCAGCGACACCCACGCCAUUUGGCCAAACACUCAACUACCGGCAGACAACGGUCGCAGCCAGCCAGCUCUCCUAACAAAUCUUUAAAUUGAAAUCACCAUGAAUUCGAAGCCCUUGAUUUUGAGCACUUUCGUGGCCAUUGCACUUUGCCUGUUGCACUUUGGAAGUGCAGUGCCAGCCAUUGGCCAUUAUACUCACAAGCGAUUUGAUUCCAUGGGAGGUAUCGAUUUCAUUCAGGUGUGCCUGAAUAACUGCGUCCAGUGCAAGACCAUGUUGGGCGAUUACUUCCAAGGACAGACGUGUGCGUUAUCCUGUCUGAAGUUCAAGGGCAAAGCCAUCCCCGAUUGCGAAGACAUAGCCUCCAUAGCACCGUUUCUGAAUGCGCUGGAGUGAAUGCCGAAAAGAAGCGACUCUUGAGUGGUGUGCGAUGUGUGUGCUUUUUUCUGCUUUUAAGUCUGCUUUUAUGGCCUGUGACUCAGGUGUGGAUUUAUUUGGGUCAAUGCGAUGCUCAACACGAUGCGAUCUGAUCUUGGCCGCCGAUGUCGACCACAACGAUGUUGAAACUACAACUGAAACUGACUUUUGCUAAUCAACUGGAUUUCCA